AUGGUUUUGAUCCUUUCCGAUAACGACGUGGCGGCGUACCUCGACCGCCACCUCACCCAGCAGCUGCUCCUCGACCAGUUCAUCCCUCAUCUCCACCACCUGCUCCAAGUUUACGGGGCCAACCCCGACGCCAUUGUGCCCCCACGCACCGUCCAGGAGUCAAACAACCCUGAAAGUGACACCACCCACUUGUACAUGCCGUGUAUUCUGCCGGACGAAGUCGGGAUCAAGAUCAUCAGUGGCGGUCCCGGUAACAACCAAAAGGGGCUUGGUUUCGCUGGGUGCGUGCUUGUGUUGGACGAGAUCACCGGCGAGGCCCGCGCCUUGCUCAACGGGGCGACGUUGACGGCGUUCCGCACGGCGUUGGCGCUGAUGAUCGGGGCGACCAAAGUGGUCCCCACCACGGAAAAUGUCACCGAAAUCGCCGUGUUCGGCGUCGGUCGCCAAGCCGAAUGGCACAUCAAGCUUGCCCUCUUGUUAUACCCCAGCAUCACCACCGUGCGCGUGUUUAACCGCAGUCAAGCCAACGCCGAUAAGUUGGUGGCGCUGUUGACGCCGCAAGUGCGCUCGGUGAAGUGGACCACGGGCACCUUCGCCGACGCGAAAGCCACCAAAUUAUCGGCCCGCCUUGUGUUUGGCUGCUGCCCUUCUACCGAGCCGGUGAUCGUGGCGCUGGCGCUCCCGCUUCCCGUGUUCAUCCUGUUGAUCGGCUCGUACAAGCCCCACAUGAUUGAAUUGGACGUCUCGGUGGUGCACCAAGUGAAAAAUGCUAAAGUACCAAUAAUCGUCGACAGCAAGGACCACUGUUUGCAUGAAGCCGGCGAAUUGAUUCAGGGCGACGUCACCAGCGACGACCUCGUUGAACUCGCCCAGCUUGACGAUACCGUGGUCGCUAAGCUCCGCCAGCAGCCGGUAGUGGUGCAGAAGCUCGUGGGGCUCGCCAUCAUGGACGUCAGCGUCGCCAAGUUGAUUGUCGACCACAGCGACGGCGCCGGCGCUCAAGUCGACUUCUAG